AUGUGGUACUGUCCUAUAGAAGGUUCCUGGAGGUUGUGCCUGCAGCUUGAAAGGGUGGGGACACCCUCCCCCCACAAAACGAGCUCAAGGUUGGCUGUGGUAGUACUCAAGCAUGGCCAACUUAACACUGAUGUCUUCAUGCACACCCAUUGUUGGAAAGGUCUCUGGAUAAGGAGUUGGUCUCCCCACUCCCUUGUAGCUGACAAAAUGAGUAAAGAGGAAGGUUCAGAUCUUCUCCGGCGACGACGAAGACAAUCAAAGCUUCAAAUUUUCAAAUCUUCUCCAGCACAGACAAAGACGAUCAAAGCUUCAAAUCUUCAAGCAUAA